AUGGCUUCUGUUCAAACUUUAGCCUCAGGUUCAGGCGCUGAUUCUCAUUUAGAAUCAAAUAAUUUAAAACCAACAAAAUUAGGUGGUAACGUUUCAGGUCUUUCAGAAACUCCAAAACAAGCCAUUGAUACACAUGGUAAUGUUUUCAAUGUUCCAGAUUAUACUAUUAAAGAUAUUUUAAGUGCUAUUCCAAAACAUUGUUAUGAAAGAAGAUUAUUACAAUCAUUAGGUUAUGUUGCAAGAGAUAUUAUUGCAAUGACUAUUAUUGGUAAUAUUGGUUAUAGAUAUAUUCCAUUAGUUGAAUCCACAGCGGUUAGAUUUGUUUUAUGGAGUGUUUAUUCUUAUUUAUUAGGGUUAUUUGGAUUUGGUCUUUGGAUUUUAGCUCAUGAAUGUGGUCAUGGUGCUUUUAGUGAUUAUGGUUGGGUUAAUGAUCUUGUUGGUUGGGUUUUACAUUCUUAUUUAUUAGUUCCUUAUUUCUCAUGGAAAUUUUCUCAUUCAAAACAUCAUAAGGCAACAGGUCAUUUAACAAGAGAUAUGGUUUUCAUUCCUUAUACUAAACAAGAAUAUCUUGAAAUGAAAAAAGCUAAUAGUAUUGCUGAACUUACCGAAGAAACUCCAAUUUAUACCUUUUUAGUUUUAUUAUUUCAACAAUUAGGUGGGUUACAUUUAUAUUUAACUACAAAUGCUACUGGUCAACCACAUCCAGAUCAUUCAUUUAUUGGUAGAUCUCAUUUUAAUCCAUCAUCACCAAUUUUCGAUGCUAAAGAUUAUUGGUAUAUUGUUUUAUCAGAUAUUGGUAUGUUAACUACAUUUACUGUUGUUUAUUUAUGGUCCAAAUAUUUUUCAAUUUGGUCAGCAUUUAUUAAUUGGUUUAUUCCAUUUUUAUGGGUUAAUCAUUGGUUAGUCUUUGUUACAUUUUUACAACAUACUGAUCCAACAAUGCCACAUUAUGAUGCUGAAGAAUGGACAUUUGCUAAAGGUGCUGCAGCAACAAUUGAUAGAAAUUUUGGAUUUGUUGGUCAACAUAUUUUCCAUGAUAUUAUUGAAACUCAUGUUUUACAUCAUUAUGUUUCAAGAAUUCCAUUUUAUAAUGCAAGAGAAGCUACAGAAGCUAUUAAAAAAGUUAUGAAAAAUCAUUAUAGAUAUGAUGGAGAAAAUAUGUGGUUAAGUUUAUGGAAAGUUAUGAGAAGUUGUCAAUUUGUUGAAGGUGAAAAUGGUGUUAGAAUGUUUAGAAAUACAAAUGGUAUUGGUGUUAAACCAAGAGAAGAUACUAAAAAUUAG